AAGUAUGAAGUAUUCACCAUUGAAACUUAUUAGAAAUCCGAAUACUUUCAAGAACUUUUUCGAUCUUAAAACAUUUUCAAGAACGGGAGAGAAACUAGCUAGAAAAGAUCGAAUUAAGGUCAUCAUGGUUAGAUCAGAAUUAGUAAGACGAAGAUUCCUAUCUGGAAAUGAAAUGGCGCCGGCGCCGGUGAUUUCUCGCCGGACAUGUUCAAUGUCUCCGACACUAGAGACCAUUUUCGAGGAUGAUUUUAAUCAUCAAGAUCCACAUUACAGAGUCGUCGUCGUAGGAAAACGACAUCGUUUGUUUCUUCUUGUUCCGGCGAUCAUAUCUGCCGUAUCUUGUGCUUUGUUGUAUAGACAAGAUCGUGUUGUUCGAUUUUCUUGAACAUACAUACAUAUAUGUUAUGUAUUUUAAUGUAACUAUGUAUAGGCUAAAGAGUUUUUUUUUUUAAUAUAAUCUUAUGUCUUUGUUUCAAUUUAUUGUGUUAAUUUGGUCAUUUGAUUCACAAAUAAUAAUAUCAAUUUAUAGCA